CGGUACUCAUUACGAAAUUUUUUGCUGUCAUCUGUCAGAAAUAAAUCCUUGUUGGCUACGCAAAGAAUUUCUUUUUUAGUUUUUAGGAGAAGGAAAAAUUGCACAUUUUCACAAAUUUUUGGAACGGAGACGAAAUGUUUUGUGCCUACACCCAUUCUUUGCCCUAUUUGUAUUUGGGUAACUUCGGCCGCAAGCCACAAAAAGUGUACAGUAGCAGUAGCAGCAGCAGCCAUGGACAAACGAUCAGCGGAAGAUCAAUAUCAAGUCGGUGGCAUCAUCUUGCCAAUGGCAAACGUCGUGAUGCAGUCAAUGCCGCCGGACCAACGAGAAACACAUUGAGAAUACCACAAAACUUGCAUCACAUGGUCUGCCAACAUAAUGCCACAGCAAGAAAUUUCUUCGAGGCGACAAGGAUAAAUGAUAUGCUACAGAAGGCCGCCAAAACGUUGUUAACCUCACAGCAGGUUAAUGUCGAAGGUGUAGGCAUAAAACACACAACAACGGGGAAGGGGAAAAAUUCACGUCAUCUCAUUGAAUUUUCCAUGGGGCAACAAACGUGGACACAAACUUUGCCAGCCAAAACCUAUUCCAAGCUCUUGCAAUCCAUAAUACCUCAACAUCAAUUAAAAUUUGUUCGUACCUUUAAGACAGAUCGUUCCAUAGCUGCUGAAUUGAGACGCAAUCCCACGGUGGCUUCGCGCCUGCGUACCGCCUUCAGUGGUAAUCCUCAAAAACUCGAAAGUGAACUGAGUAGUAGUUCGGAAACUCUAAAAAGACUAUUGGAAAAAUCUACGGAGGGUGGUCCAGAAAAAAAUGUGGAAAACAGCAUUAAGGUGGCAUUUGCCGAAGGCUAUUUGGCUGCGGCAAAUUCUGAAGAUCAUCCAAAAUCAGGCAAAACCAUGAAGUAUUUAAAGGUUUUUCAGCAAUUGUUAGUUAUUGUCGUAUUUAUUGGAAUAUUUGUAAGUCUGUUCUCCUCAUCGAAUGGUUCCAUGUUUCGCAUCCAGUUGGGCAAUCAAGUGGAGGUUGAUCCAGAAGAAAUCCAUGUCACCUUUGAAGAUGUCAAGGGCUGCGAUGAGGCCAAACAGGAGCUGAAAGAAGUGGUGGAAUUUCUUAAGAAUCCUGAAAAGUUUUCCAAUUUAGGUGGUAAACUGCCCAAGGGUGUUUUACUGGUGGGUCCACCCGGCACGGGUAAGACCUUGUUGGCCCGUGCCGUGGCCGGUGAGGCAAAUGUACCAUUUUUCCAUGCAGCCGGUCCGGAAUUCGAUGAAGUUCUGGUGGGUCAGGGUGCCAGACGUGUAAGGGAUUUGUUCAAGGCCGCCAAACAACGUGCUCCCUGCGUUAUCUUCAUUGAUGAAAUUGACUCGGUUGGUGCCAAACGUACCAACUCAGUGUUACAUCCCUAUGCAAAUCAGACCAUUAAUCAAUUGCUCUCCGAAAUGGAUGGCUUCCAUCAGAAUGCCGGUGUUAUUGUUUUGGGAGCCACAAAUCGUCGCGACGAUUUAGAUCAGGCUCUUCUACGUCCAGGUCGUUUUGAUGUUGAGGUCGUUGUCAAUACCCCCGAUUUCACAGGACGAAAAGAGAUUAUUACUCUGUAUCUCUCGAAAAUUUUACAUGAUGAAAUCGAUUUGGAUAUGUUGGCCAGGGGUACAUCAGGUUUUACUGGUGCCGAUCUGGAGAAUAUGAUUAAUCAAGCAGCUCUGAGGGCGGCUAUUGAUGGCGCCGAAACAGUGACCAUGAAACAUUUAGAAACCGCACGAGACAAGGUGUUGAUGGGACCCGAGCGAAAGGCACGCUUGCCCGAUGAAGAGGCCAAUCUUAUAACUGCUUAUCAUGAGGGUGGCCAUGCCAUUGUGGCCUAUUACACCAAGGAAUCCCAUCCAUUACACAAAGUCACCAUUAUGCCACGUGGCCCAUCGUUGGGACACACCGCCUACAUACCCGAAAAAGAACGUUAUCAUGUCACUAAAGCUCAGCUCUUGGCCAUGAUGGACACCAUGAUGGGUGGUCGUGCUGCUGAAGAGCUUAUUUUUGGUGCGGAAAAAAUUACCUCCGGAGCUAGUAGUGAUUUGAAACAAGCCACUUCCAUUGCAACUCACAUGGUCAAAGACUGGGGUAUGUCGGAAAAGGUGGGCCUGCGUACCAUUGAAUCGAACAAGGGCAUGUUCCCCAAUGAGACACUGGGACCCAAUACCGUUGAAGCUGUUGAUGCUGAAAUUAAACGUAUACUCAAUGAGAGCUAUGAACGGGCCAAAAAUAUCCUACGGAAACAUGCCAAGGAACAUAAGGCCUUGGCCGAGGCCCUGCUGAAAUAUGAGACUUUAGAUGCGGAGGAUAUUAAGGCGAUCAUGAAGGAUACACAAUAGUAAAACACAAUUACUUAAACUUGGAAUGGAGGGAAGCCGCAAAAAGAAUGUUUUAGUUUUAUAUUUUAGGUAUAUUUAUAAAUAUUACUUAAAAUUACAAAACAACAAGGAAGGACAAUUUAGUAUAAAUACCAAAAAAACAGAGCAGCAGCAAAGUAAAAAUUAUUUUUUAGCCUAACCAAAUGAAAAUGAACGACACAACAGAAGCAAAAAAAAAAGGAAUUUGGAACAUUGAAAAAUAACCUAACAAAAUAUUAUUUGAAAUAAUAUUGGAUCUGCUAAAUUACAAGAAAACAACAUUACAACACCACAUAACCAAUUUUAUAUUAAUUUUUCCGAUUCCAUAGCAAAUAAUAAUUAUAGGAAUAUAAAUGAGUAAAAAAAAUAAUAAAAAAAAAUUGAAAAACCCAAUGAUUACAAAUCAAA